GCCUCAUCCUUUCUGGAUCGAAGAUGAGGAUGAAGGAGCUGUCUCUUCGUCAGGAUCCUGACCUCAGGAAGGAACUGGCUCUCCUGGCACGUGGAUGUGACUUUGUUCUGCCCUCUCGGUUCAAGAAGAGGCUCAGAGCCUUCCAACAAGGACAGGCCCAAGUGAGGACGGAGGAGCCAGUUACCACUGCACUGAGUGAAAGCAUUCCCAAGUUUUACUUCCCACAAGGCCAGCCCCAAGCCAACCUCAACAUCGACAGCCUCAUUUCCAAAAUUGAGAAAAUAUUUUCACAAUUUCCAAAUGAAAGGGCCACCAUUGAAGGCAUGGGGCCAGUUGCCAAGGCCUGUGAGUGUCCCCUGUACUGGAAAAUGCCAUUGUUUUGCUCAGCUGGAGGCGACAGGACGGGAUUUGUGUCCGUUCACAAGUUUGUGGCUAUUUGGAGAAAAACUCUGCAGACCUGUCACGAUGAUGCUUCUAAAUUUGUGCACCUCCUGGCCAAGCCUGGCUGUAAUUACCUGGAACAAGACGACUUUAUUCCAUUUCUUCAGGAUGUGGUGAACUCACAUGCAGGUUUGGCAUUUCUAAAAGAAGCACCAGACUUUCACUCACGAUACAUCACAACGGUGAUUCAGAGGAUAUUUUACAACGUGAAUCGGUCAUGGACGGGGAAAAUCACAUGUUUUGAGCUCAGGAAAAGUAACUUUCUUCAGAAUGUGGCACUGCUGGAGCAGGAGGAAGAUGUGAACCAGCUGACAGAGUACUUCUCCUAUGAACAUUUUUAUGUUAUCUACUGCAAGUUCUGGGAGCUUGACACUGAUCACGACCUCUAUAUUGACCAGAAAGACCUGGCACGGCACAACGACCAAGCUGUUUCACAGAAAAUGAUUGCGAGGAUAUUCUCAGGAACUGUAACUAUAGACAGGCAGGUGCAUAAAAGGGGACGGUUGAGUUACGCUGAUUUUGUCUGGUUCCUCAUAUCUGAGGAAGACAAGACGAGCGACACCAGGUACGAUGAUCCUUUGAGCCCUUUAGGGCAGCACGUCUCCACUGAGCUGAGUUCGACAAAAAGACACUUGUUUGGGAUCCCCAGUUCACACUGCAACCUGAACUUGGACGAAUACGAGUAUGAGGAGGACUAUGAGUGAUGCCUGCUGUGCAGCCCUUUCCUGUCCCGAACACUGAGGUCAACGUGUGGUAAUGGCUGAACGGCGUUGUGCACGGAUCCAGAUCCCGUUCUGCACAACACGACACAUUUCAGCAAGUAUAAAAACCACGAGAAGAAUCUUGGAGAUGUGAACAACUGGAUAAAUGACCGUUUGACAAGAUGAAUUAAAAAGAACAUAAACAGAUUCUGAACAUUAAAUGUUCUCACCUGAGAAUAUUUGAAGACCUCACUGGAGGAGGCGGGGCUUCAUGCACUGUUUUCACAUCCCCACAUGCUAAGCAGUUUACUGAGAGUAUCUUUACCAUCAGUAAUGUUCAGUGCUGAUCCCAUUUCUUCAGAACAUCAGUUUUAUCAUGUUCACACAAACGGAACCCGUCAGAUCCACAGGAGCUCCCCGAGUCCAUGAGAAAGACCCAAGUUGAUGUAAUUCAGCCGUCAAACCAUUUGGCUUUUGCAUUCCAGUGGUCAUAUCAAAGGGUUGCUUUUAAAUUUAUUUUAUAAGGCUGUAAAUUUCUGAGUGGUUUAGUGGAGUCAGGUUGCUGCCAAACAAGCCACUGUCAGGCCUAAACCCUAGAGCUGGGCCAUCUGAAGCUCCGGGACACGUAAGAAACAAACAGCACGGUGUCGGAGCGCAAGUCACGUGAUCGAUGAUGUUCGAAGCAUGUAAAGUGCUGAAGUCCCUGCUUUGGUGCCUCAUUCAAAGCUUUAGGAAGUAAAUCAUUGGAUCUGUUGUUUUAAUGGUGCAGUGUGUGCAAAAUAUAACAAACCAGCAAGCAACAUAUGAUGAGACAUGGAACCAGUCAGUCUGAUGUGUUCAGUGUUCAUCAGUUCAUGAGCACGUUCAUCCAAAGGUAAAAACGGUACACAAGUCACAAUCUGAUCUCACAGGAAACACAAACUGGUUGGCAGGAAACCAGCAGCACGAGCAUCAUUCCACACUGGUACAGUGCAAAUUAAUGAUUUAUUUAAAACAAUCUGUUUAUAAAUGUCAAGAAGUCACAAGCAAAGAGAUAUCAUGCCACAUCAUGAAAAUGAGUUAUCAAACGUAACUUUAUUCUUCCACCUACAAAAAGAUUCAUGUUCAGAGCACCUGUGGCAGCUGGAUGUCAGAGAAAUGUCUCAGGAUGUUAAACAUCUGUCCACGCCGCCGGUCGGAAACUUCAUUUUAAGCUGUUCUUUACACUUCAGCCAAAGAAGACGGUGUUCAAAAGCUUCAUUAGGUCCUCACUACUAAAUACUACGUCUAAGAGUCUUCACUACGAUGGACACGAGAUGGGCUUCAAAUGAUUAAAGAUGAACUUAUGAUUUUCUGUACAUAUUUAUUUAGAGUUUGCUGUGUUUUAAAUGCAGUUUGACUUUUUUCUGUCAUGGAGUACUUGAACUGAAUGUGCUUUGACAGGAAAAAUAAAGAUUUUACUAUGUUUUGGGGUUUUUGGAACAAAUAAAAUUUUGAUUAAUGAAAGAGCCAAGAGAACAAAGUGCCGUUUCAUGUGGUCAUUGCUAAAAAAAAAAAAAAACUUUGGGUAAUUUUCCAAAUAUCCCCCAAGAACCACUUUAACACAAGUAGUUCUGCUUAAAUACUUGAAUUUUUCCUAAUGCUAAAUUACAUUCACAGGUGGAACAAGAUGUUUGUAUUUAUAAGAUAUACACUAAAAGAAACAUUGAGCAUAUUUUUAUUCUAAUUUAUUUACAUCAUAAAC